UCCCCAUUUCUUCCUUUCUCAUCACUCCCCCAAAUCCCCCAUCUCCCACUCCCACCCUCACUCUCCCUCCCUCUUCCCCGGUCCCGGUCUCCCCCCCCUUCCGCCGGCCGUCGUCUGGUCAUGGACAAGUCCAACCUCCCACCGCCCUCCACCGCCGCCGCCCUCAAAGCCCUCAACAAAGCCUCCUACAAGAUCUCCAAGCAAUCCUCCUCUUCUUCCUCCAUGAGAGCAUCUUCUCCUCCCCCGCCGCCGCUGCCUUCCCGCCUCUCUCCACCGCUGUCAGCCCCGUCCCCGCCCCCCUCCUCCGCCCCCGCCCCAAUCGACCACCCGCCGCCCCAGCCCCCCGUCUACAACAUCGACAAGUCCAACUUCCGCGACGUCGUCCAGAAGCUCACCGGCUCCCCCUCCCACAUCUUCCCGCCUCAACCCCCAGCCACCACCGCCCCCCUCGCCGCCCCAACCCCCUCACGCCCCCUCAUGGCCCCUCCCCCACCCCCACCCCCGCUCUCCGCCAUCCCAUCCCGUCUCCACCGCAUCCGUCCCCCGCCACUAGCCCCGCCCCGCCCGCCACCCAUCCUUCCGGCGCCGGCCCAGCCCGGCCUCUCCCCCCUCCCGGCGCUCCCCUCCGUCUGCAUGUCGGCCGAGUCCCCCAUCUCCGCCUACAUGCGCCGCCUCCGCGGGAUGCCGUCCCCGAUCCACGUGCCCACGUCGCCGCUCGGGUUCGGCUGCCUCCACUCGCCGCGGGCGCCCACCUCGCCCGGCGUCGCCAUGCCCGCCACCAGCCCCCGCGUCCGCGACCAGUGACCUCCCGCCGCCGCCGCUGCUUCCGAUGAUGUGUAUGUAGAUAUGGCCCAGGGUUAGGACAGAUCUGGCGAGGGGAAGGAGACGAAGCGGCCAUACAACAACCGCAAUGUGUUUGCUUCGCCUUCAAAUCUUAAAGCUCUAUUCUUUUUCACUAUUUUCUAGCGUGUUCUACCUACCUACCUUAAUAUUUUGCUGGUGUAUAUGGAACAUGCUGCUGCGCUUCACAACGGAUGCCUUGUUCAUCUUUGCCCAAUUCUUUUUUUUUUGUAUGCAAUAUGUAGUGGCAAAACCCAAAGCUAGAAUCUUUAUAUGCAGAAUUUGUCUAGGA